AUGUCACGUCAGGGGCAGCAUCAAAACCCAGAGGAGGUGAUAAAAGAUAUUAGAGGUAAGAUUGAUACUGAACAAAAGAUUAUUCAAGGGUAUCAAGAUGUCAAGAGGAAUUCUACCAAUGCCGAAGUUGUUCAGAAAUGCAAAUCCAAAAUUAUCGAGUCUCAGACUUUGAUUGACUACUAUCAGGAAUCCAUCAACAAACUAUCUCGCCAAAUGCUGAGAAUGAAUGUGAAGAGUGCAGACGAUCGAAGCUCUACCAUAUCUGAGUACAAACCAACGUACUCAAGGUUAGACUUGAUCAAGUAUGAAUGUCCAUCAUUAGGUCAUAAAAUUCAACAUAUGAUUCAACAAUUACAAUUUAAGCUUCAGGUUGAGAAUCAAUACGCUGAGGCAAAUAAGAAAAUUUCACACCUUUAUUUGAUGGAUGGAGAUAGAUCAUCAAGUAAUGCGGCUGAAGGGGGUAGAGCUGAAAGUGAUCAAAGAAUACAACUAUUGGAGAAAGCAUUGAAAAAAUAUCAAAAUUUCAACAUCAAUUCAGAGGAUUUCAAUAGAGACUAUGAAAUAAUGGAUACUCCAAAACAUGCAAGAAAACCAUUGAGUGGCAAAUUGACAAUUGCCAUAGCGUGUGUCAGAGAUGUGGAUCAUAUGGCUACAGCCGCGUUCAAAAAAAGAGAUACUAUAGUGACUGUCAAAAUUGAUGAUGUUGAAAGGGCAAGAACAAAGCCAUCGAAGAAUGACAACUGGUCAGAGGAACUACUUAUCAAUGUGGAAAAGGGUCACGAAAUUGAGUUAACGGUGAUGGACAAACUGAGUGGAACUUAUGUUCCGAUUGCUGUGAAUUGGCUUUCGUUGUUUGAUGUUGCUGAAGAGAUCCGUAAAAAGAAGGUUGCAAAGGACCAAGGAGCUAGUGGAUGGUUACCUGCAAGCAAUUUGCCACAAACUAACGGCUCUGGAGGCAAUGGCAACUACGGAUCAUCUAGCUGGGGAGCUAAUUCGGCAUUGAACUUGCCACAAAACGAAAUCACACCCCUGAGGUCCCCAAAUAAAACCGACAGUACUACCGGUGACUUUAAUCAAAAGGUUUCGGUAAAUACCUGGUUGAGUUUAGAGCCUUGUGGUCAAAUGUUGAUCAAUAUUAAUUUUGAGAAAUCUAUUACACAGGGCAAGCAAUUCAAAGGACCGCUUGGAAGACACGGUGCAAUUCGUCAAAGGAAGGAGGAAGUGUUUGAACAACAUGGCCAUCAAUUUGUUCAAAAACAAUUUUACAAUAUCAUGUGCUGUGCACUUUGUGGAGAGUUUUUACGUUAUACUGGGUUUCAAUGUCAAGAUUGUAAAUUCUUGUGUCAUAAAAAAUGUUACCAAAAGGUUGUUACCAAAUGUAUUUCCAAAUCAGGGUCCGAUUAUGAUGCAGCUCAGUUGAAGCAUCGUAUUCCUCAUAGAUUUGAACCAGUUACGAAUCAUGGUACCAAAUGGUGUUGUCAUUGUGGUUACUUGUUACCGUGGGGUAAGAAAAAUGCAAGAAAGUGUACCGAAUGUGGUAUCAUGUGUCAUGCCCAAUGUACACACUUGGUUCCCGAUUUAUGUGGAAUGUCGUUACAAAUGGCUAAUGAGAUUCUUGCCACGAUCAAGUCCACAAAGGUGUCUCCAAAGAAACCAAAACAGAUUCUGGAAAAGGUUGCCAUUCUGGAAAUGAGACAGGAACCUAAUUAUCAGAAUACAGAAUACCAAGUGCUCUCUUCACAAGAAAAGCAGAUGCAAGAGGCUCAGCAACAAUAUCAACAACCAAAGAAGCCACUACCACCAAAACCAUCUGUGUUGGGUAAAUCUUCUGGAGAGUCUGUUGAGACAUUACGUAAUUCAUCUGAAGAAGAGCAGGACGAUAAUGACUUUAAUGCAAAACUUCCAACGACAACUCAAAAGUUGUACCAAGCACCAAUGGACAAUGCUUCCCAUUCGCGUACGGCUAGACGUCGUCCACCAGUUGAAGAUGAGCAGAUGAGAGAUUACACAAAUGAGCACCAAUACCGCCAUCCUUAUGGUGAGGAAGUGCGUGGUCGGGAUGCUGCUGCUGCUACUGCUACCGGUAGAGCUGAUCAUACAUCAAAUGAUGCAGGCGAUUAUGCCAUGAAUAAUGAAAAAUCGUUCAUUCUUGAUGAUGAUAAAAACAAUCGUGCGGAAGAUGCUUUUGUUGAUUUUGAUUACAAGAAUCAGUUCACCGAAAACCAGAUUAUAUCACCAGAGGUAAAAGAUGAAAUAAUUAUAAGCCCCUUUUUGGAUCAAAAGGAUAAAUCAGAUGAGAACGGCAAUAAGGGCAACAAGUUGGAAACGUUGGAUCCAUCAAUAUCAGUGUCUAAAGAUGAAGAAUACAAAGUGAAUAAGCCUCAUCACAAACACCAUCACCGUGGACAUUCUGGAGUGACAACUCAUUCAGGUAAAUCAUCUUCAGGUAAGCCCAAACGUCGCAAAAGAAAAGUUGGUUUGGAUGAUUUCCAAUUCCUUGCUGUAUUGGGUAAAGGAAACUUUGGUAAAGUGAUGUUGGCUGAAUCAAGACAUACUUCGAAUUUAUGUGCCAUCAAGGUAUUGAAAAAAGAUUUUAUUGUUGAAAAUGAUGAAGCCGAAAGUGUUCGUUCUGAAAAACGGGUAUUUUUAACUGCAAAUAAAGAAAUGCAUCCAUUCUUGUUGAAUUUGCAUUGUUGUUUCCAAACCGAGAAUAGGAUAUAUUUUGUGAUGGAGUAUAUCUCUGGUGGUGAUUUGAUGUGGCAUAUACAAAAGAAUCGGUUUUCAGCCAAAAGGGCUAAAUUUUAUGCUUGUGAAGUGUUGCUUGGAUUGAAAUAUUUCCAUGACAAUGGAAUCGUUUAUCGUGAUUUGAAAUUGGAUAAUAUCUUGUUAACGACAAAGGGGCAUAUCAAGAUUGGUGAUUAUGGAUUGUGUAAAGAAAACAUGUGGCAUGAAAAUACAACAUCGACUUUUUGUGGUACACCUGAGUUUAUGGCACCUGAAAUUGUUGCUGGUAAAAACUAUACUCGAAGUGUUGACUGGUGGGCAUUUGGAGUCUUGUUGUUUCAAAUGUUGCUUUGUCAAUCUCCAUUCAAAGGUGAUGAUGAAGAUGAUAUAUUCAAUGCUAUUGAGCAUGAUGAAGUGAAGUACCCCGUCAGUUUAUCACGUCAAACUGUACUUAUCUUGCAAGCUUUGUUGACAAAGGAUCCUCAACAACGAUUGGGAAGCAGUGAACGUGAUGCAGAAGAGAUUAUGGAGCAUCCGUAUUUCCAAGAUGUUAAUUUCGAUGAUGUUUUGCAUUGUCGUAUACCUGCUCCAUAUAUCCCUGAAAUUAGUUCUGAACAUGAUUAUUCCAAUUUUGAUCAAGAGUUUACAUCAGAGACUCCAAGGUUGACUCCAGUGGAGACGGUGUUGACGUCGGAGAUGCAAGAACAAUUUAGAGGAUUUUCCCACAUUUCCGAAACAGCUGCCAUCUAG